AUUGGUUUGGAUUCCUCUUUUAAACGCAAAUCAGUCAGCUUGAAGUUGCUUGGAAUGGAUCAAUUUUUGCUUAAAAAGGUUUCCUUGGAUGUAUGAAUGGUUGUGAGAUGACGGUGGAAGAAGUAGAUGUACCCACCUUUUUUACUUGAUGUCCGAUGAAGGUGCUGUUCUGUUGCUUUCCUUUCCCUUUUAGCCUGCUAGACUUUCCGUUUGCAGUUUUCUUUUUGUUGUUUGUGUUUGUUCGUUUUCUAUGUUAUGUUGGUGUAUCUAAGAGGAAGAAGAGCAAAGUAAGGAGAUUUUUUCAGAGCUUGUGUUGUUGUGUUUAGGUAGACGAAGAGAAGAACAAGAAGAAGAAGUGUUGUUUGUCUGUGUUUGUAGGAAGAGCUGAAAGAGGAAAAACCAACAGAGAAGAGAAGAAGAAGUGUUGUUUGUGUAAGAAGAAGAGGGAUGAUGAAGAAGAAAAUAGUUUUUUGGCAAGAAGUUUGGAAGAGAAGAAGAGAAGCCCUUUUGUUGUUGUUUUAUUUUGUGUUGUGUAUUUGAGGGUAGCAGUUUGGGAAUGGUCAAUAGAUGAAGAAGAAGAAGAAGAAGAGAGCCUGUGGGAGCGAUGAGAAGGAGAAGAAACCCUCCAAAAACACCUCCCUCAUGUAAGAGCAAAGGAGCUCUUUUUAUAGGAAAAGGGGCUUGUUCCCCAAGUUUGCAACAGUACCGGUAUGGUUUUGGGUUGAACCGGUCUGGUUGUGUCAGAGCUGACCAGAUUGACUUUGUCGACUUAUUGGACUUUUGUUGUAGGCUUUGACUUCGCCAAUUUUAAUGUUUUUAUUUUGUAUAAUUGUAAUGACAUCUGUAAUUGUGAUUUAUUUUAAUAAAAUACUAGUCCUUGCCCUUAAUUCGACUUAUCUGUUAUUGUUUUGAAAUCAAAGUCCAAUUUUUCCAUGAAUCAAUAUUUUAAGGAUCAAUUCAAUGGUCAACUCACAUUAUCGUCAAGUGGUUAAUAAAUUGAAAAAAUUGAGAUUUGUUAUUGCUAAACUCAUUGAUCAUAAUUGUACAAAAUGAGAUUUGCUAUUGCUAAUCUCAUUAAGUUAUGAAAAAUAUGACAUGUUACAACCAUUGUAUAUACGUUUUAGCUAUAAGGUAAUUUAAGAUUCACUAUUGUAAAUCUUAAACAAAAAUAAAAUUUUGUUUAAUUGGAUAUUUUAACCCGGACAAAAACUGGUGUCUACAGUUGCCCCCCUUUGUAUAUCUUUUAGUUUUUAAGAGGUAUACAAAGUUAUCAUAGCACACCAUUUUGACCGGUUUACUAAUAUUGUGACGGUUUAGAGUUUGGUCUAUUGACCAACUCACCAAGAGCAUUAUGAACAUUGAGUUCAUUGAUCAGUUCCCACUCUGUGUUGCCAAAAUAGGGCGCUGAUUAGUUUGUAGUGUAGUUAUCCUUUGCGGUGUAGCCGCCUGCCGCAGUGUAGUCGACCUGUGGGUCUAUUUCGUAUCCCUCGCAGUGUAGCCUUCUUACGGGUCCCGAUUGGUUUCCCUUGCAGUGUAGCCUUCUUAUGGGUCCUAAUUAGUUCCCUCGCAGUGUAGCCUUCUUGUGGGUACUAAUUGGUUUCCCUCAUAGUGUAGCCUUCUUUGCAAUGUAGCUUUCUUAUGGGUCCUGAUUAGCUCCCUCGCAGUGUAGCCAACUUGUGGGUGCUGAUUGGUUUCCCUCGCAAUGUAGCUUUCUUCGCAGUGUAGCCUUCUUAUGGGCCCUGAUUAGCUCCCUUGCAGUGUAGCCUACUUGUGAGUACUAAUUGGUUUCCCUCGCAAUGUAGCCUUCUAGUGGGUUCUAACUUGUUCCCCUUGCAUUGUAGUCGUGUAGGGGUUACUGAUUAUAACGGUAAUGACAAUGCAAUCAAGUUGUUUGGGAUAAAACGAGCUAAACAAGUUGAAAGGUGAUAUAAAAGAGCAUUCAAGUUGUUCGAAGUAUACCAUGCUAAACAAAUUGAAUUAUGAUGCAAUCAAAUUGUUCGAGGUAUUACAUGCUGAACAUAUAUUGAUGGCAUAACUAACGGGGUUGUCUGGGAUAAUGCAAUCGAGUUGUUCGGGAUAUGACAUGAUGAACAUUUAUUGAUGCAAGGCCAUGGGGUUGUCCGGGAUAUGACAUGCUAGACAUAUGACAAGCUGAACAUUUAUUGAUGGCAAAGCUCUGGGAUUGUCCGGGAUAUGACAUGCUAGACAUCUUAGAUAAUGCAAUCAAGUUGUUCGGGGUAUGAGUUAUGACCUGCUAAACAUUUAUUGAUGGCAAUGCUGUCAAGUUGUUCGGGAUAUGACAGGCUGAACAUUUGUUGAUGGCAAUGCGAUAGAUUGUCCGGGACAUGACAUGCUAGACAUUUUAAUGCAUGGUGAUAAUGAGUAUGAGUAUUUUGUGAGAUAAUCAUGAGAUGAUAAUGUCGUGUUAUGAAAGAUAUGUGAGGGGGAGAGUGUGAUACAACAAUGAUUUGGGUUUGUUUGCUCUUGUGGUAGUAUAGAUUGGUUUAGAGUUUCUGGUCCCAUGGUGGUAUAGCUUGAUUUUGGGAUUUUAUCCAUGGCGGUAUAGCCUAGUUUUUUCUGGUGGCGGAUAGCCUGGUAUGAAUUUUUCUUUGUGGCGCUAGCCUGAUUUGGGUUACUGUGUGGCGGCAUAGCCUGUGUUGGUAGAGAUUUGUAUUUGGCUUCACAUUGAUGGGCAAAUGCAAGGUAUUUUGUGAUAUGAUACGAUAUGAUAUGAUUUGCUGAGGUAUGUCGAGGGAAGGUAUGCCCACCGAUUCAUAUCUAAUUUGGCUUGGAAUUUCUAGUAAGUAGUCAUCUAAUGAAUGAUGUCAUGUUAAGUUUGACGCGUAUUUGGACAAAUUGUUGAUGUCAUAUGAUAUGAGUUGAAGUGCAUUUGAAAAAGUUUGUAUGAAGAGUCAUAUGAUGAUGUAUUGAAGGAUAUGCAACGUAAAGAGUAUAAUCCCUAAUCAUGGUUUUGAUAUUUUGUCAAGGAUUUUCUUAAAUUGAUCAUCCACGAGGAACUACGCCAUUAUCCCUUUUGUAAGCUUGAUCUUUAGUUGUGCUUGCACUGGAGUAGAAUGGAUGUCGUUGGUGGGUACUUUUCUUCCUUCUCCACCUUGGACACUAGUGUUUGAGUGGCUGAUGUGUUUGCCAAAUGACCUUCUUAUUCAUGAGAUGUGUUUGUUAUGUUGAUUAUGUAGGAGGAUUAUGUAGCAUGGUGGUGUAGGGAUAAUGUGCUCCUUUAUUUUGAUUGAUCUUCUUACUAUGAGAGAAUGUCAUGUUUAGGUAAGAGAAUUUGUCACCUCAGGGUAUUGUCUUGUUGAUGUCGAUUUUCUAGACAUGCUUGAUUGACUUCACCGGGAGGUAUGAGGUACAAAAACUUCGUUGAAGGAUAGUUUGAUUGACUGCUUGAGUAGCUUGAAUAUAAUGAUUCAAGAUCUCUGAGAAUUCCUAAGUUGAAGAAGAGAGCCACUUUUUUCCUGGGUGGCACCAUUUUGCCCUCGAGAAUACGUUAUUUGCCUUUGCUUCUUCAGAACAAAGUGUGACUUUUACCAACCUUAAUCUAAGAUGAGUGCAACAAUGUUUGAAAAAUAUUUUUGAGAAAGUAGAAUGAGAACUUGAUGUGAAAAUCAAAGCCUUAUCGGGGGAAAUGUGUGGAAUUUGCAAUAAAUUGAUUAUUGACACAUUGUUUAAAAAUUUGCAUAAGUCAAGCCAUGAGAAUAUUCAUAAAUCCGCACUUUCGUUCUCACGCUCAAAUUCGCUCACACUCAUUCCUAUGGGUGCUUCGAGUAUACGACACUUUGGCUACUAUCAAGAUUCUUGUCACCAAGUUGAUGGACAAAUGUGUCGGAGGUAUAAGUUGAUGAUCAUGGAGAUUCCAUGUAAUCUCUGUAUGGUCUCGUCAUGUGAGUUCUGGAACUUUUCUGGAAAGUGAUUCUUGUACGGUAUGACUCCAACUGUAAGAGUUCUCAUGGUAUGGAAAUUAUGCUUGUCGCAAAUGAGAGGUUGGUAAAGGAAGAUCCUAUGAUAUGGCCUUAGUCAUAGGCAGCUUCAUUUUGAGGAUUUUUUGCUUUCCCCCAAGGUAUGAAUCUGGUUGAUAUAUAAUGGGGAUCGUCUUUUCUUGUCGUGAGAAGUUCCAUGUGGAGGGAUGUUUGGCUUUCCCCAAAGUAUGAGACUGAUUGAUGGAUAUGCGAGAUAAUUUCUUGGCAAAAAGUCCAUUGUUGAGGAAUUUUUGGCUUGCCCCAAAGUAUGAGACUGAUUGAUGGGUAAAUGAAAUCUUUGUUGUGGAGCUCUCAUUUUUUCCGAGAAGGGUGGCUCGUCUUGGGUAUCCUUGCGGGUAUAUUUUGGCUUAGGUUGCCCCCUUGUCUUGAAAUUUUGAUUUUGAGGGAUAAGCUCGACUAGGUAAUUUGAGUAGAAAUUUGAUCCUGGAAAUCUUGUCACUUGUCGGGCCCUUUUUUUUACCUUGAAAGGAUGGAUGAUAAAGGUCUUGGUAUGAUACAAGCUUUGACUUCUCAUUGGUUGUCAAAAUAAUGAAUGUGUAAAACCCUUCUGUGGUGCAGGCAUGGCUAUUGAGGUAUUAUUAUAAUGGUGGUUUUUGUUUAUCUCGAAAGGGAGAGUUCAAGUGAUGGAAAAUGAGGAUAAUCAUGGAGUGGAUUUUAGAUCAGGCAUACAUUCUUCUCUUGGGUGCCCCAUCUUUUUCGAGUUUACUUGUGUCAUUUCUCCAGGGUUGGCAGACGAAUACUCUCCAUUUGGAUAGGUUAUUAGUUUGAUGACUAGACCUCGCAAGAGUGUGUAGACAAGUUGGUUGAGAGAAUGACUCUACAUCUCUUUUGUGACCAUGUUGACGGUAGACUCGAAAUCAUCCUUUUGGCAUUUUAGAAAAGGUAGUCAAUAACAUUCAAUCGUGACUAGUUUUAUGACUCAAGCUCUCAUGCAGGGGUAUCUAACGUGUAAGUCCCACGAGCUUUUUCUGUCUUCCUUUUUAUUUUGAUUUUUUCGUUGUCUUUUUGGCUUUUUGGGUUUUUUUUUUUUUGCUUUUGCUCUUUUUUUGUGUGGGACUUACUUGACUUUGUAAUUUCCCCUACAUGGUGUCAUUUUGACGCUUUUGAUUUUGAGCACCAACGAGUUCAUCAAAUAGGAUCAUUCAGCUUUCCCAACCUUCUAACCAUGAGGAUUCUGUGAGAAACUUGAGAAUUUUGAUACAAUGAUUAGGCUAACUCAACCCCCUUUCUAGUCGAGCCCCUAUUUGAUAGAGAUGUUUGAAAUGGCAGUGACAGGCCUCUACAAAUAGCCUGAUGUCGUAUCCUCGUUACACCCUUUGACUAUUUAGCUUACGUUACUUAUGGACACCAGUGGGGUGUUUAUACUCUCAAGUUUAGUGGGGGUGCUCAAACUCUCGACACCGGUAGGGUGUGCACACUCUGCUGCAAAAAUUAUUGAUAUCGACUAAGUAUUUAUAAAUCACUCGACACCAGUGGGGUGCUUAUAUUGGCUUAAUAUGAAAAUCUCAUGGCUUAACUUGAGACCAAGUUGAUCUUAAAGUUUUUUUUUUUUUUUUGGAAAGAUGUCCAUCAUUUUAUAAAGAGAAGGAAUCAUUUAUGCAAACUUCUAAAUCAAAAUUGGUAGUAGUCACACAAUGUCCCAAAUCGGUGGAAAUGCAAAUUACAUUCUAUUCUGUAUGAAGGAGAUUGUUUGAUACAUAAGGUAAUACGCAUUCAUGCUCAUUUGCUCGUGAGGAUUGACAUCAUUAUUGAAUAGAGCUUCGUCUUGCAGCGUGCCAACUAAUCCACAUGAGUGGUCAAUGGGUCAUUGUCGAUGUAUGGACGAUUGGCUUCUUCUUUGAAUUUUCGACAAACUUCUCGUGAACAUGGCAACUUGUCAUUUCAUUUCUUAAUAUAUGGUUGACCUUCUU